AUGGCUUUCAAGACGUGGGUGAUGACGGCCCUCAUUGGCCUUGCCAAUGGCCUGGCCUCAACAGACACCAUCACCUGGGGAGGCGACAAUUCGAGAGCCGGGUACCAGACAAACCACAACAUGGACCCUUCCGUCGUGGGGAGCUCCCAGUUCGGCCAGCUCUUCCGCACACCUCUGCCCGGUAAAUAUGGCGGCGUCGCAGAGCAGAUUUUUUCUCAGCCACUCGUUUACACGCCUGACGGCGACAGCACGCAAUACGUCUACGUCGCGACUACACAAAAUAAUGUCUACAAAAUUAAUGCAAAGACGGGCAGCAUCAUCGCUUCCCGCAGUCUCGCCAUUCCCUUCUUGUCUGCCGAUCUGGAUGGCUGCUAUGAUAUCGAACCUCACGUCGGAGUCACCUCCACUGGUGUGAUUGAUGCCUCGACCAACACCCUCUACCUCACCACCAAGACGUACGUCGACCAGACCUUGACCGGCGUUGCUCAAGGAAAACCCGCCGGCCGUUACUAUCUCCAUGCCCUGGAUGUCAACGACCUUAGCGAGAAACCCAACUUCCCCGUCAACCUCGAAGGCACCGUAGCGAGAAACAACCCUAUCCGCUCUUUCAAUGGCGGUAUCCAUCAUCAGCGACCUGCUCUGUUGCACGUCGGCAACUACAUCUAUGCUGGCUUUGCUUCUCACUGUGUCCAAUACAACUUCACAGGUUGGAUCAUGGGCUUCGACAAGACUAGCGGUGCCAACGUCGAGCGUUUCGCUACCGAAGGUGACGGUGUCCCCGUGGAUGUCAAGGGCGGUGGUGUCUGGAUGUCUGGCGGCGGUCUCGCUUCCGACGACGCAGGUUCCUUGUUCUACGCUACUGGUAACGGAUACGCCUCCCAGCUCAGCACCAUUCCCGUCAACGGCCGCACGCCCCCGACAUCUCUGGAAGAAGCCGCUGUUCACAUGACAAUCAACGCCGAUGGAAGUUUGAGCUUGGUCGAUUUCUUUAUGCCAUGGGAGAAGCAAGCUCUAGACGGCGCCGACAAGGACUUGGGAACGAGUCCUCUGCAAAUUCUGCCCAGCACGUUCUCCUGUGGCGACGUCAAGCGCAUUGGUGUGGUGACUGGAAAGAGUGGCAAGACGUACUGGCUCAACUUGGACGACUUGGGUGGCUACCGCAAUGGCGCCAAUGGCCUUGAUAACGUGAUCCAGGUGUACCAGAACGAGAACUCGGUGUACGCCGGUGCCGGUGUGUACCCAGGCGAGGGUGGCUACAUCUACAUCAAUGUCAUUCAAUACCCUACCCACGUUUUCAAGUUCUCCUGUGAGGCCGGAGUCCCCUCUUUCACCAAGGUGGCCGAUAGCCCUCAGAACAACGCCUACAUCCUUGGUGUCAGUCACGGCACUGUCACUACUCUCAACGGCCAAGCUGGCACUGGUCUUCUCUGGACUUUGGAUGUACAGGGCUCUCAGCUCAAGAUCUUCGAAGCCGUCCCCAAGAAUGGCUACUUGAACAUGAUCAAGUCUUUCAGUGUUCCGGGCAGCACCAAGUUCACGAGAGCCGUUUUUGGUGAUGGCAUCAUGUACCAAGGUACCACCCUAGGCUACCUGUACGCCUUUGGCUCGCCAGUCACGACACCUAUCAACUGCACUGCUACCAACGAAUUUGGUGUCGUUGAUGUUGGAACCACGAGCGACCCACGCACGAUUACUUGCACGGCCGUCAUUGGUGUCACCGUUUCGGACAUCGGCCUAGAUGAGGCUGAAGACUUUACCCUCUCCGGACUUCCCACCCUGCCUCUCACUCUGACUGCCGGUCAAACAUUCACAAUCGGCGCGUCCUUCAAGCCUACUACCGUUGGUCUGGUGUCUUCCGACAUCGUCGUCAACACAACCAACACGGCCGAGGGUUACAGCCAAGGUACCCAUAUCAGACUCACUGGUACUGGCGAGAGCUCAGGUCCUUUGCUGUCCAUCACUCCCCCGACCAUCACUUUCCAGGGCGUCAUCGCCGGUCAAGCGGGUGGAACCGAUGAGAGUGUCAUCUUGUCCAACCAGGGUAACUCGGCCCUCUCCAUCACAGACGUCCAAUUCUCCACCAGCAGCGCACAGGGUCCCUUCACCAGCUGGGACAGAGCCACUGCUACCCUUACCGUCGGAAAGUUCACCCUCACCAACGUUCCGGCCACAAUUCCUGCCAAUACUGCUGUUACCGUUCGCAUCGCUUUCGACUCUUCUGUCAGCGGCACCUUCGGCGCGUAUCUUCAGGUUGUUUCCAAUGGCGGAACCAAGGCGUUCACCAUUGCUGGCUCUGCAGGCCCUGCGCCUGUGGCGCUCGUCGAGUUCCAGACGCCCGAUGGCACCGGAUGGGUAGAGUAUGACGCGACCAAGAACUUCACUUUUGGCAACGUCACCGAGAACACGUCCCGGUCUUUGAAGUUCCGUGUCACCAACGCUGCUGCUGAGGGUGGUGUCAAGCUUUCCCUCACCGUUUCCAAGCCGCCUUUUGGUGUUGCCGGCAUCAUCCAAGCCGCCAACCUUGUUGAUCUUGCCGAAGGAACUGUUCUGGCCCCUGGCGAGAGUGCCACGGCAACCCUGGUGUGCACUGUUCCCAAGGCACAAUGGAACACCGACCCGUACAGUGGCACGGCGCCCUGGACCAUGAACACCAACGACCCCAACUUUGAGAAGCAUUUCUUCACUUUCGAGUGUACUGCUGUUGCCGAACAAGCACCUCCUUUGCUCGGCAAUGGCCAGGGCAAGUACCGCUACAUCGGCUGCUACAAGGAAAACAACCCCGGCCGCCAGCUUGCAAACCAGUUGUACGGCGACGCUACGAGCACCAACGGCAAGUGUGUCGCUGCUUGUGCUGAGAAGGGGUCCGUCUUCUGCGGUACUCAGUAUCACACUGAGUGUUGGGGUGGCCCCAACAUCCCCACGCUGAAGGUGGACGAUCGCAACUGCAACUUCGACUGCGGCGGCGACCUCAACCAAAUCUGCGGUGGUAACGGAUUCGGAGCCAACGAAGGUGGAGCUUACAUCUCCGUCUUUGCUGACUCUGUUCAAUGGGACGGUAACACGACAACUCCCACGCCGAACCCGAACCCAUCGGGCCCUGAGGUGAACCCUGGUGUCGGUCAGUACGUGAGCCAGGGUUGCUACACUGAGCCCGCCGACACACGCGCCCUGCCUAACCUAGUCACAACAACUGGAAAGACUGUUGCUCUGUGUGUCGAAGCAUGUGCCGCUAGCAGGUAUACCUAUGUCGGCUUGGAGUACGGUGGAGAGUGUUGGUGCGGAAACACUUUGGCCGCUGCCUCAGUUGCCGCCCCUGCUGCCGACUGCAGCAUGGCUUGCGCGGAUAAUAGCACCGAGUACUGCGGUGGACCUUCCAGGCUCAACCUGUACAAGCUCGAUGGCACCUUGCCUGAGCCUACCAGUGCAGUCCCGACUGGCACUACCACGACGACUACAGCCGCCCCGACUUCGACCGCUCCUCCAGCAAACGAGAGGGUUGGCGACUGGCUCUUCCAAGGUUGUUAUACCGAGGGAACUGGCGUCCGCGCUCUCUCUUCUCGGACGUAUGCUAAUGACUCAAUGACCCUUGAGUCCUGCGGCGGUUUCUGUCAGGGCCUCAAGUACUUCGGUACGGAGUAUGGACGGGAGUGCUGGUGUGGCGAUGAAUUCGGCACGGGCAGCGCUCUCGCAGCGAACCAGAAAGAUUGCUCUUUCCCCUGCGCGGGCGACAGCACACAAUUCUGUGGUGCCGGUGACCGACUCCAAGUUUACAUGUACUCGCCGGUGGCUGCGACGACCACAUCGGCCGAGACUACAACCACUGCCGCUGCCUUUGCCUCCUUGGCACCCGCGUCCAAUGGAACAACGACCACGACCACGACCGCCACCGAAACUCCUCUGGCCGAGAAGCAAGCGUCUAACAGCACCAUCAGCACGACCGCUUCCUUGACUCCAUCCAACUCUACCACCUCUAGUGCUAGAGUGACGGCCGAGGCUGUCGCAUCCACUCUUUCAGCAAGCAACUCGUCCGUCCCAGCGACUGCUAAGGCUUCGGCCACCUCAUCCACUAUUUCUACCACCAGCCUCUUGGCCACCUCGUCUGUCACAUCAGCUACUUCAUCGGUCUCGGCCACCCCUUCGGUUCCUUCCACUUCCACAUCGUCAACCAAGACAUCAACCUCCUCCUCCGCAACCCCCACCCCGACCGGACCAGUCAUCUCCACCGGCAAUGAAAACUUUACCUACUACGGUUGCUUCUCCGAGCCGCAAGUCGGCCGUCUCCUCCCGGCCCAGAUCAUCAACCGCGACAACAUGACGAUCAGCAUGUGUCUGAGCGCCUGCUACAACAAGAACUACGCUGGUGUCGAGUACGGUCGUGAGUGCUGGUGCGGCGACGCCCUCAACAUCGGUGGCGGAGGUGGCACCACCCCGGCGGCCAACGUAACGGCUAAGGACUGCUCGUUCAAGUGUCCUGGCAACAGUACCGAGUACUGUGGUGCCGGUGUGAGAUUGAGCUUGUAUAUCCUCAAGGAUGAGCUCGAGAAGUUGCAAAAGUCCAAUGCGACGGUUUCUUUCAAGUCAACAUAA